CCUGGCAGGGGGGACAGCGCCAUGGUCGAUGUCACCGCAGCCCUGGAGACCGAGUCGGCCAACGGCAAGGAGCCCCUGGACGCUGCUGGGGACGGCRCCGAGGCCAUGGAUGUCCAGGGGGGCUCGGGGGAUGAGGAGAACACGCGGCAGCUCGGGGAGAUCGAGCUGCAGUGUGGAAUCUGCACCAAGUGGUUCACAGCUGACACCUUCGGCAUUGACACCACGUCGUGUCUGCCCUUCAUGACCAACUACAGCUUCCACUGCAAUGUGUGCCACCACAGUGGGAACACCUACUUCCUGAGGAAACAAGCAAAUCUCAAGGAAAUGUGCCUUAGUGCUCUGGCCAACCUCACGUGGCAGUCGAGGACACAGGAUGAGCACCCCAAGACAAUGUUCUCCAAGGACAAGGAUAUUAUCCCAUUUAUUGAUAAAUACUGGGAGUGUAUGACAACACGCCAGAGGCCUGGCAAAAUGACUUGGCCCAAUAAUAUUGUCAAAACCAUGUGUAAAGAAAGAGAUGUGUUCCUGGUGAAAGAACAUCCAGACCCAGGCAGUAAAGACCCAGAGGAAGAUUACCCCAAAUUUGGGCUUCUAGACCAGGAUCUUGCCAAUAUUGGUCCAGCCUAUGACAAYCAGAAACAGAACAACGCCGUGUCCACCAGUGGAAGCUUAAAUGGUGGAGCCUCUCUGGGAGGGGGAAUGGCUGCYGGGGGCAGCGGGAAGGGCCGAGGAGCCAAACGCAAGCAGCAGGAUGGAGGAACCACAGGAACAGCCAAGAAAACCCGCAGUGACCCGYUGUUCUCGGCUCAGCGCCUCCCACCCCACGGGUACCCUCUGGAACAUCCCUUCAACAAGGACGGCUAUCGCUACAUCCUGGCCGAGCCUGACCCCCAUGCACCCGACCCUGAAAAGCUGGAGCUGGACUGUUGGGCAGGAAAACCAAUUCCUGGGGAUCUGUACAGAGCCUGCCUGUAUGAACGAGUCCUCCUGGCRCUGCACGACCGAGCUCCCCAGCUGAAGAUCUCWGAUGACAGACUGACUGUUAUUGGUGAGAAGGGCUAUUCCAUGGUGCGAGCCUCGCACGGCGUGCGGAAAGGAGCCUGGUACUUUGAAAUCUCCAUGGAUGAGAUGCCUCCAGACACAGCUGCCAGACUAGGCUGGUCACAGCCCUUGGGGAACCUCCAGGCCCCUCUGGGCUAUGACAAGUUCAGUUACUCCUGGCGCAGUAAAAAGGGAACCAAGUUUCACCAGUCCAUWGGGAAACACUAUUCCUCUGGCUAUGGCCAGGGUGAUGUCCUGGGCUUUUACAUCAGCCUUCCAGAGGAUACUGAGACAGCCAAAUCCCUGCCUGACACCUACAAAGACAAGGCUUUGAUCAAAUUCAAAAGCUACUUGUACUUUGAAGAGAAGGAUUUUGUGGACAAAGCAGAGAAGAGCCUAAAGCAAGCCCCUGGAAGCCAGAUCAUAUUCUUCAAGAAUGGUGUCAGCCAAGGAGUUGCCUUUAAGGACAUCUUUGAGGGGGUUUAUUUUCCUGCUAUUUCUUUGUACAAAGGCUGCACGGUUUCUAUAAACUUCGGGCCAUAUUUCAAGUAUCCACCCAGAGACAUCACUUACCAUCCCAUGAGUGACAUGGGCUGGGGGGCCGUGGUGGAGCACACCCUGGCUGAUGUCCUGUACCAUGUGGAGACAGAGGUGGAUGGCAGGAGGAGCCCACCCUGGGAGCCAUAAAAACCCUGACACCGUGGAUUUAUUGCAGCCAUAGACCCUGACACUGGAUUUACUGCAGAGGAACCUCAAUCUCUGUGUCAGUGCUCAGCCAAGGACCCAGCAGGCUGAGGCAGAGGCAGCCCUGGCUGGCAGGUGUUGUGUGUGUGUGUGUGUGUUGUGUGUGUGUGUUUACACCCUCUCCACUGUCACUGUGGGGCAGUUCUGGGGUGUUCUGUGCUCCUUUGGAGCAUCUCUGGGGGCCCCAAUGCCAUCAGAGUGUCACUUAUGGAGAAGGGGGUGUUGAGGUACCUUCUCAGGUCCCAUUGUAGUGGACCCUCCAGGUGUAGGUACAGUGACCCCUGUGCUCAGGGGUUUGGCUGAUGGUGACCAACAGCUCCCAGCCAGGACAGCUCUGUUCCAAUCAGACAGCUGCAUGUAAGACUGAAAUUUGGGCUUCUGUCCAAACUAUUUUUUUCCCCACAAACUGGAAACCAGUUUAAAAAUAAAGGCUUUAACUCUUCUUUUUAUUAUU